GAUUCGAAAAUAGUGUCGCAUGAGUUGUGUGAUACGGAGGAUUAUUGUGUUUAUAUUUUAUACAGAGAUAGCUUUUUGCGUUAUUGUAAUUUGAACAGAAAGGGACGCUUUUGAGGGUCGUUCUUGGUCAGAGUUUUGUUGAGUGGUUCAUUCAUUCACAUUUCUUUUCUGGACGAGGAGCUGCUGGCGGUGCUAACAAAGGAAUAACUGGACCCGAGCAGUUGUUUAUUGCUCGACUGAGGAAAGAUGGCCGAGAUGUACAUUCGAGUUGCGGAGGAGGAGAAUGAGGAGCCGAUGGAGAUCCCGUCAGAGGAUGAUGGCACGGUUUUGCUUUCCACAGUGUCCGCUCAGUUUCCAGGGGCUUGUGGUCUGCGCUUCCGGAGCCCAGUGUCUCAGUGCAUGAGGGGGGUUCGUCUGGUGGACGGCAUUCUGCAUGCACCUGAGAACGGCUGGGGAAACCUAGUCUAUGUGGUUAAUUACCCAAAAGAAACUGUUCUGCCAGAUAAUAAGAGGAAGAUGGAUGAGAUCGAUGCUUCAUCUGCGACCAAGAUCAAGAGAGGAGAUCAGAAGACUUCAGAUCUGAUUGUGCUGGGUCUGCCAUGGAAGACUUCAGAGCAAGACUUAAAAGACUACUUCGGUACAUUUGGGGAAGUCAUCAUGGUGCAGGUCAAGCGGGAUGUGAAGACAGGAAAUUCAAAAGGGUUUGGCUUUGUGAGGUUUGGAGACUGGGAGACUCAGAGUAAGGUGAUGACACAGCGGCACAUGAUUGAUGGCCGGUGGUGCGACUGCAAACUGCCCAACUCAAAGCAAGGUAUAGAUGAACCAAUGAGGAGCCGUAAAGUGUUUGUGGGCCGCUGCACAGAGGACAUGACUGCCGAUGAGCUCCGUCAGUUCUUCAUGCAGUACGGAGAGGUCACAGACGUCUUUAUUCCCAAACCGUUCAGAGCGUUUGCUUUUGUCACCUUUGCAGAUGACCAGGUUGCCGCCGCUUUGUGUGGAGAAGAUCUGAUCAUCAAGGGCGUCAGUGUGCAUAUCUCAAACGCUGAGCCCAAACACAAUAACACUAGGCAGAUGAUGGAGCGGGCAGGGCGCUUUGGGAAUGGGUUCGGAGGUCAGGGUUUUGCAGGCAGCCGAAGCAACAUGGGUGGUGGUGGUGGGGGUAGCUCCAGCAGCUUGGGAAAUUUUGGCAAUUUCAAUCUAAACCCGGCCAUGAUGGCUGCCGCCCAGGCUGCCUUGCAGAGUAGUUGGGGUAUGAUGGGAAUGCUAGCUCAGCAGAAUCAGUCGGGUACUUCAGGCACAAGCACAAGUGGCACCAGUUCCUCUCGAGACCAAGCCCAAACAUAUAGCUCGGCUAACAGCAAUUACGGCAGCAGCUCAGCUGCUCUCGGCUGGGGCACCGGCUCUAACUCGGGCGCUGCCAGUGCUGGCUUUAACUCCAGUUUUGGCUCUAGUAUGGAGUCCAAGUCAUCGGGGUGGGGUAUGUAAGUGCUUUGUGUUUGAAGUGUCGGUAUUCCUAGCGUGUUUUGGUAAGUAUUUUAUUUCGAGAGACUUAUCUCAUCACGUGUGUUUGGGAGUGGGGAUGGGUGAAAAGAGGGAGUCUGGGGACGAAACAAAGAAAAAAAGAAUGUUUUGUACACUGAAUGGGAUUUGAGUUAGUGUUUGAAGUGAGAUGUUAACAAGGGUGCUAUGUUAAUGUACCAUCUUUGAUGUUUAGUUUUUUUCUCCCCAAUGUUGUAUUGUCUUGACUGAUGCAAACAAAAGCAUUUCAACUGGAUUCUUAUAAUGCAUGUUCAAUCUGUGAAAAUGCAUGAGUUGCAUCAUUUAAUAGUACAAAUCAAGAAAAGAAACCUGCAUUGGAAAGAAUCUGGUUGAAACCUGAACAUGUAUAUUAUUGUAAGUUCAGCUUUAUUUCAGUCCAGUUGUUUGGAAAUCCUUUAAAACAAGCCUUCAUCAACAUCUCUUCUGCAGUUGACAUCUGUGGGGUUUGCCUGGGAAGAGCGCCCUCUAUGGCAGCACAGUGUGGCUGAGGUCAUUAUGUCACCUUCCUCCCCAUGUCUAAAUGCUCUCAUCGCACGGCUCGAUGACACGGUGGGUGUCUUCUUUUUUAAUCCACUUUUUAAAACAAGAAGUGCGCAAGAAAGUGACCUUUUUUUAAAAAAAAACAACCCUUGAGUGCGAUUGGUGAUGGCGAAGAGUGAGAAGGCUGCGAGUGAGCGAAGAAAGUGUGGAGCGCACGAACGAAAAGACUUGCGAGUGCAAUGAACGAGCCCAAAUGUGACUGCAGUGGUGAGCGUGUGAAUGAGAGCUGCUGAUUCUUCCCAGCUUCCCCCUUAAUUGAGCCCAAAUUGAUGGACAUUUAGUUCAUGUGUACUUAAAGAGAUAUAUUUAAUUUGUUUUUUGGUCACCCUAGAUCCCCAUUUUGCUUUUUCUCCUUUAGUAUACUGACAAUGUGCUUAUAUAGUUAGUGGAAUGUUGUGAUGAUGAUGAUGCAUACUUUGUCUUGCUUCUAUAAUCCCAUCUGAAUGCUGUAUGGUGUGUGUGCUUUAUUUCCUUGUAACUUGACCUGUAAGUGUGAACUUUGAUGUGGAUGACAUCUUCAGUGGACACUGAGGGGGAAAACAUGAGUGAUGGUGUAAGUGCGAACUGUAUGUUGAGUGCUGUGGAUGUCUGUGGAGUUUCCCUCUAGAUUACGUCGCUCAGUGUUUUCAGAGGCAUUUUAUAUGACUUGUCAAAUGAAGGGAGUGCUUCAAUAAAACUAAUUUGAAUAGA